GCGCGUGCCCGCGUCCUGUUGCAUCGGGGACGCGCCGAACCUCACCGGGGCUGGCCGAGCUUAAACCGAGCACGGACAAACGUAGACAGGUCGCGGCAGAGACAAGAGGGAGGACGUACUCGGACUUGGAAAAACGUCGGCGUCUGGAGUAGCCAACCUCCAUUUGGACUAUUCUGUUUUUAUAUUUUGAAGUUACAAAUUCAUCCGCAGAGGGUCGGAGAGACGGUGCAGCAUGUCGGGCAACAGGGAGGAGGAGAGGAGGAAACUGGCCGACAUCAUCAACCACUGGAACGCCAACCGGCUCGACCUGUUCGAGAUCAGCCGGCCCACGGAGGACCUGGAGUUCCAUGGCGUGAUGCGCUUCUACUUCCAAGACCGCAUGGCGGGCAACUUUGCCACCAAGUGCAUCCGCGUGUCCAGCACGGCCACCACUCAGGACGUCAUCGAGACGCUGGCCGAGAAGUUCCGGCCCGACAUGAGGAUGCUGUCGUCGCCGCGCUACUCCCUCUACGAGGUCCACGUCAGCGGCGAAGAGCGGCAGCUGGACCUGGACGAGAAGCCGCUGGUGGUUCAGCUCAACUGGAAUAAGGACGACAGAGAAGGACGAUUCGUCCUCAAGAACGAGAACGACAUCCUGCCCAAGAAGAGUCAGAGUAACGGGCCCGAGAAAGAGAAGGACGGCGUGAUCCAGAACUUCAAACGGACUUUGUCCAAGAAGGAGAAGAAGAAGGAGAAGAAGCGGGAGAAGGAGUUUGGCCGGAUAACGGAUGGCGACGACCAGAUGCCCAAUCGGGACGACGGGGAGAACAGCCGGCUGGCCGCCGAGGUCUACAAGGACAUGCCCGAGACCAGCUUCACCCGGACCAUCUCCAACCCGGAGGUUGUGAUGAAGCGGCGCAGGCAGCAGAAGCUGGAGAAGCGCAUGCAGGAGUUCAUGAGCAGCGACGGGCGGCCCGACUCGGGGGGCACGCUGCGCAUCUACGCCGACAGUCUGAAGCCCAACAUCCCCUACAAGACCAUCCUGCUCUCCACCCGGGACACGGCCGACUUCGCCGUGGCCGAAGCCUUGGAGAAGUACGGCUUGGAGAAGGAGAACCCUCGAGAGUACUGCAUCGCCCGGCAAGACGACAAAUCUGGCAAAGAGGCCAUCCUGGACGACGGCGAGUGUCCUUUGCAGAUCUUCAGGGACUGGCCGGCAGACAGAGGUGCCUUGGUUUUCCAGCUGAAGAAGAGACCGCCCGACUACCACUUGCGCAAGACGAGGAAAGCAGAUGACAAGGGCCUGCAAGGGAAGAACGGCUCUGGGCCCUUGCCGCCGGAAAAACUGCCCUAUCUGGUGGAGCUGAGCCCGGACGGGUCCGACUCCCGCGACAAACCCAAGCUGUACCGGCUGCAGCACAGCGUCACCGAGGUGGGCUCGGACUGCACCGACGACGGCGCCAUCCAGCUGCUGGGCCCGGGCGUGCUGCCUCACCACUGCAACCUGACUCACAGCGAGGGACUGGUGACGGUGACGCCGCGCGGCCCCGAGGCCGAAACCUUCGUGGACGGCCAGCGCGUGGGCGAGACGGUGGCGCUGCGCUCGGGCGCCACGCUGCGCUUCGGAUCGGCGCUGGUCUUCAAGUUCGUCGACCCGCUCUACGACCAGGCCGCCAAGAGGGAGCCGCCCGGCGCCAUGCGCGCAAGGCACAAGUCCGGGAGCGUUCCCGACACCACCUUUGACCUCCAGGGUGACAUGCACGGCGUGGCCGCCAUCCCCACCAGCAAGAGCUCCGGGAAGUUGGAGAUGGAGCGCGGGAUGGUGAAGCCCAUGAUCCGAGGCGAGCCGCAGGACGGCCGGACCCAGGACGGCUCGGGCGACCGGCCCGACCUGACCCUCCCGGCCAGCAUCGAGUUCCGGGAAAACUCCGAAGACACGUUCCUGUCGGCCAUCAUCAACUACACCAACAGCUCGACGGUGCACUUCAAGCUGUCGCCCACGUACGUGCUGUACAUGGCGUGCCGCUUCGUGCUGUCGCCCGCCUACCGGCCCGACAUGUCUCCCUCGGAGCGCACGCACAAAGUCAUCGCCAUCGUCAACAAGAUGGUGAGCAUGAUGGAAGGCGUCAUCCAGGAAAGUCCUGAAGGGGAUCAGAAGCAGAAAAACAUUGCGGGCGCCCUGGCCUUCUGGAUGGCCAACGCGUCGGAGCUGCUCAACUUCAUCAAGCAGGACCGCGACCUGAGCCGCGUCACGCUGGACGCCCAGGACGUCCUGGCGCACCUGGUCCAGAUGGCCUUCAAGUACCUGGUGCACUGCCUGCAGGGCGACCUCAACAACUACAUGGCCGCCUUCCUGGAUGACCCCGAGGAGCACAAUCCGCAGAGACCCAAGAUAGAGGACGUCCUGCACACGCUGACGGGCGCCAUGUCUCUGCUGCGGCGUUGCCGCGUCAACGCGGCGCUGACCAUCCAGCUCUUCUCGCAGCUCUUCCACUUCAUCAACAUGUGGCUCUUCAACAAGCUGGUGACGGACAGCGAGUCGGGCCUGUGCUGCCACUACUGGGGCGCCAUCCUGCGCCAGCAGCUCAGCCACAUCGAGGCCUGGGCCGAGAAGCAGGGCCUGGAGCUGGCCGCCGACUGCCACCUCAGUCGCAUCGUGCAGGCCACCACUCUGCUGACUAUGGACAAGUACUCCAUGCAGGACGUCCAGAACAUCCACAGCACUUGCUUCAAGCUCAACUCGCUGCAGCUACACGCGCUCAUGACCAACUACCACUGCGCCCCCGACGAGCCUUACAUCCCGCCCGAGCUGAUCGACCACGUGGUGGCAGUGGCGGAGAACACGGCGGAUGAGCUGGCACGCAGCGACGGGCGCGAGGUGCAGCUGGAGGAGGACCCUGACCUGCAGCUGCCCUUCCUGCUGCCCGAGGACGGCUACUCGUGCGACGUGGUGCGCAGCCUGCCCAACGGCCUGCAGGACUUCCUCGACCCGCUGCUACAGAGAGGCUUCUGCCGGCUGACGCCGCACCCUCGCUCGCCCGGAACCUGGACGGUCCACUUUGAGGGGGCCGACUGCGACAGCCACUUUGCCGCCGUCGACAACUCUGACAUGCCAAUGAGGAAGGAGCCGGAGGUGGUGACGGUGACGCUGAAGAAGCACAACGGCAUGGGCCUCAGCAUCGUGGCCGCUAAGGGUGCCGGCCAGGAGAAACUGGGCAUCUACAUCAAGUCGGUGGUCAAAGGAGGCGCCGCCGACAUGGAUGGGCGACUGGCAGCCGGCGACCAGUUGCUGAGUGUGGAUGGGCGCAGCCUGGUGGGCCUGUCCCAAGAGAGGGCGGCCGAGCUGAUGACCAGGACGGGAUCGGUGGUGACGCUGGAGGUGGCCAAGCAGGGCGCCAUUUACCACGGCCUUGCCACGCUCCUCAACCAGCCCAGCCCCAUGAUGCCUCGAGCCUCGGACCGCAGCCGCGAGAAGAACGGCAAACUGCGUCCCAAGAGCGAAGGCUUCGAGUUGUACAACAGCUCGGUGCCCAACGGCUCCCCGGAGAGUCCGCAGGCCGGCUGGGACGCUUACCCGGAACCAAAGAUGAUGAGCGGGGAGGACCGGCUCCUCAAAAACCGGGCCAACCACCGCUCCAGUCCCAACGUGGCCAAUCAGGGCCAGAGUCCCGCGAGCAAGCCAGUCUACCCCGCUGGACCCGGCACCAAGAUCACCUCCGUCUCCACCGGCAACCUGUGCGCUGACGAUGAGCCUUCACCCCCGCGCCCAGAGGCGUACCCCAUCCCCACGCAGACCUACGCCCGGGAAUAUUUCACCAUCCCGGCGUCCAAGAGCCAGGACCGCGUGGUGGGCCCGGGGCCGGGACCCUCGCAGCACUGGCAGCCCAUGGAGGACAGGGAACGGCUCCCCUCGGUGGACAGCAUGCACAACAGCAUGAAGCGAGUCAACCACUCGCAGGAGGACAUGUACCCUCCUCCGUCCGGGAUCCUGAGGCAGGACGAGCGCAUGCAGCAGCACUACCAGCAGGAAUACCAACACCGAGACCUGGACUACCAGCACAGAGAUCUGGACUACCAGAGGGGACCUCCCGGUUUGGCGGGAGCGGAGCAGUGGGUUGCUCAGCAGCAGGUUUCGUCCUCGCUGGAGUCGUCCACGUCCAGCCAGGAGCACCUCAACUACGCGUCGGCGUCCGGCAAGAACCAGAAGACGGGGCCGGGCCGCUGGAAGACGCCCAACGCGCCGCACGCCGUGCCGCCGCACUCGGUCCAGACGUCGUCGCGCUCGGACCUGCCGCCGCCCCCUCCCCCGCCGCCGGCCACCUACCCGGACGCCUACGACAUGUACGAGCCCCACGGCGAGAUGCCUCUGCCGCCGCCGCCAUCCGGCGCCAGCUCGGCAACGGCCCAGCAAGCCGCCGACCGCAAGAAGCGCGAAGAGCAACAACGCUGGUAUGAGAAGGAGAAAGCCCGUCUGGAGGAGGAGAGGGAGAGGAAGAGGAGGGAGCAGGAGAGGAAGCUGGGUCAGAUCCGGGCCAACCCCGUCAUGCCCGUCCAGCCCCACAACAAUGGAGGCACCUUGCCCCCUGCCCCAGCCCACCACUACCCACAGCAGCAGCAGCAGCAGCCUCCCCCUCCAGCUUCUAUGGGCCCCCCUCACGCGUACCCGCCCCAGCAGCCCCCAUCCAGACCCGAGAAGCUGGCCAGCCUGCCCCGCUCGGCUGUGCCGCCCUCCUCCAACCCCCCAGGUAUGGAGACGGUGAUCCGGGACCUCCUGCCCCAGCAGCAGCCUCGCACCAUUGAGCGGCGAGACCUGCAGUACAUCACCAUCAGCAAGGAGGAGCUGACCAGCGACAGCCUCUCGCCCGACCCUUGGAAGCGGGACGCCCGCGAGAAGGCCGAGAAGCAACAGCAGCUUCACAUCGUCGACCUUCUGGACAAGGAGAUCCAAGAGCUGCAGUCCAAGCCGGAGCGCACGGCCGAGGAGAGCGACCGUCUGCGCAAGCUGAUGCUGGAGUGGCAGUUCCAGAAGCGUCUGCAGGAGUCCAAGCAGAGCGAUGAGGACGAGGAAGAGGAGGACGACGAGGACGUGGACACCAUGAUGAUCAUGCAGAGGCUGGAGGCCGAGAAACGAGCCAGGCAGCAGACUGCUGUCCCAGCUAUCUCUGUUCUAGAUUUGCUUCAGGACGAAGAGCGGCGGCGCAAACAGCAGCUGGAAGAGAUUCGCAAGCGGGAGGCGGACGAGCGCACCAAGCAGGAGGAGGAACGGCGGUGGCGGGAGGAGGAGCGAGUCAAGCGGGAGGCGGCGGAGAAGCGGAGGCAGGAGGAGGAGUACUACACCCGUCUGGAGGCCGAGCGGCGCCGGCAGCACGACGAAGCCGAGCGCAGGCUGCUGUCGCCGGACGAGCCGGCCGGUCUGUAUCGGCCCCCGCUGCCCAAGGACUACCAGCCCCCCGCCCCGCACAACCCUACUAACACGCCCCCGCCGCCCCCGCAGAGAAACGCCUCCUACCUCAAAACACAGGUGGCCUCGCCCGACACGCUCUACACGGCCAAGUUUGUGGCCUACGCCGGCGACGAGGACGAUGACGAAGAGGGCGGCGGCCAGCCAGGUCAGCUCAAGCUGUCGGCCACCCGCAAGUCGUACGGCGACCUGCCGGCCGCCGGCGACGCCGCCCCCCCGCUGCGGCGCGGACGCCCGCAGCCGCCGCCCACUGCACGCAAACCCCGGCCGCUCUCGGACGGCAUCUUCCUGUCUAGCUCCUUCCGGCCGCCCAGCGCCAACAACUCCAACAGUACAGGGCCGCCCCCCCUCCCCGCCAAGCCCGGCGUGGGCCCCCCAGGAGGUGUGCAAGGAUUCAACUCGUACACUGGAAACUCGGCAGGAGUUGUAGGAUCCGGAGAGUUCUACAAGGACCCGAGGGACAAAUGGGCCAAGAGUCAGGAGCAGGAGAACAUCCCGAGCGGCGGCGACGACGACGCCCCCCCCGAGAGUUUGACCUUCAAGGAGCGCCAGCGUCUGUUCUCUCAGGGCAAGGAGGUGUCCAACAAGGUGAAGGCCUCACGCAAGCUGAUGGAGCUGGAGAACGAGCUCAACACCAAGUAGUGAGACGGCCCUCCCCUUCCACCUUUUUUAUGUUUGAAAUUGGAAUGGUUGAAGAAGCUUGCGGUGACUUUUUGACCACUUUGCCGCCCUCCCCUCCCCGCCACACACGUACUGUACAAAUCCCAUCGGCGUAUUCGAUUUUUUUGGUUGUUGGCGGUGAAAUGGUGCUGGAGGGGUCGGCUGGGAAAUUUUCAUGCUCAUUUUAAAUUGAAUUUUUUUUCCCGUAGCUUCCAGAGAUUUUAAGUGGUUAGCUUUUACGCCCAACAGACAUUUUAUUUGACUGUUUGAUUUUAUUUCUCUUUUUUUUUUUUUCUUUUUUUAACUGACACUGUUACUUUGUGCUCUUUAUGCUUGGGGGACGGACAUUUGAGAGAAAUGCUCCAUCAUCUCCAAGCGCACAUGUAAAUAAUUGCCACUCGGACUACUGUACAAGCCCCAAAACGAGAAUGGCUAAAACCCGAGCUAACGUUAACUCAAUCUGUGGUCUUGUUUCUUUUUUCCUCGAGCUGCUGAUUGACGUUGGUUCGUUCGUUUGACAGGCGAGAGACGUGUUGUUUCAAAAAGAGAGACAAAAGUAGGCCGUUUUCAAAAGCCGAUGUUCAUUUUGGGAUUGGCAGAGGAACGGACGGGAUCACAAACCGGUUUUUAUGUUUCGCCUUGUUUUGUAAAUCAUUCUUAAUAAAUACAGAUUUUGCAACAA